AACUCCACCAAAAAUUGCCAAGAAAUGUCUUCAUCCUUUCUAUCAAACUUGACUUCAAAGUCUUCUCUAUCGAUGCUUCUCUCUAACACAGAUAACUAAUCCCCAAAAAUCUCUGAUCCCUCAGCUUCCUUGAUUUAGUACGAUUCCCCAUUUUCCGCUUCAAAGCUUUUAUCUUUACUGAUAAAUUCCUACAAAACCCUAAAAUCAAUUUUUUUAGGGUUUUGAGAUUUCAGGGUUUUUGAUAUUUCUGAUCAAAUUCGAUUUGGAAGCAUUAUCCCCAAUCAAUUUAAGUGAGAAAUCAAUACUUGAGGUUUCAAUUUCCUCUUUAUUUGCAUAUGGGUUGUUUCAGUUUAUAUUUAUACUACUUUAUCUGUGGAUUUUUUAGUUUUUAGCAUUGAAUUGUUGUGGAAUUAGUUCUUCUUUUGUUGUAAUUAAUGUCUGUACCAUCUUCGAUGGCUCUAAACAAGAAACAAUCUGUUAAAUUAGGCAUUUUUGGAAGGUUAUUUUGUAUUUUUGUUGUUUUAGUAAUAUUCCUUUUAUGGUCUGUUUCACUGAUUAGAACUGAUUCUGAAUCCAAUUAUGCAUCUGGGUCUGAUGAGAAUGCUGUACAUGAGCAUAAGAAGUCUGUUUCUUUUGUUAAACACCGGAAUUUGAAAAUGCCGAAACAGAACGAAUUGUCGAAAUCUUUGGAGGAACGAAACGGUUUGCCACCUCGAAACGUAGAUCUUUAUCCUAGUCUUGUUAAGGAUCAUGUUGUGAUUGUGUUGUAUGUUCAUAAUAGGCCACAAUAUCUUAAAGUGGUUGUUGAGAGUUUGUCUCAUGUAGAGGGAAUUAAUGAGACUCUACUUAUUGUUAGUCAUGAUGGGUUUUUUGAAGAGAUGAAUAAGAUUGUGGAAGGGAUUAGGUUUUGUCAAGUUAAGGAGAUUUUCGCUCCGUAUUCUCCGCAUAUCUUUCCCGAUAGUUUCCCGGGUGUUUCCCCUCGAGAUUGUAAGGAGAAGGAUGAUGUGAGGACGAAGAAGUGUGAGGGGAACCCUGAUCAGUAUGGAAAUCAUCGAUCGCCUAAGAUUGUCUCGCUGAAGCAUCAUUGGUGGUGGAUGAUGAACACGGUGUGGGACGGAUUGAAUGAGACUAAGGAUCACAAUGGAGAUAUACUUUUCAUUGAAGAAGACCACUUUAUAUUACCAAAUGCUUAUAGGAAUCUCCAGCUUCUUAUAAAGCUGAAACCCGAGAAGUGUUCGAGCUGUUAUGCAGUUAAUUUGGCUCCCUGGGAUGUGAAGUCUAGGGGAGAACGCGUUUCAUUAUUGUUUGCCGAGAGAGUUGGGAAUGUCGGGUAUUCAUUCAAUCGGACUGUUUGGAUGAAAAUCCACAAGAAGGCCGAAGAGUUUUGUUUUUUCGAUGAGUAUAAUUGGGACAUAACAAUGUGGUCUCAGGUGUAUCCAUCUUUCGGGAACCCUGUAUAUACACUACGAGGACCGAGAAGCAGCGCUGUUCAUUUCGGAAAAUGUGGUUUGCAUCAAGGUCAAGAGGAAAAAAAGGCUUGUAUCGAUGAUGAUUCUCUGAAUUUUGAUGUGCAAAAUGAUGAUAGAGUCAUAAAUAUUAGCCCACAAUGGGAUGUGUUUGUUUAUGACCAUCAACCGGGUUAUAAAGCCGGAUUCAAAGGUUGGGGCGGCUGGGGAGAUGCCCGAGACCAUAAGUUGUGCCUGAGUUUUGCUUCUAUGUAUCAUCAAUGAUCAAGAAAUUCAUCUAACAGAAGAUGACCCAGAAGGCAAGACCGCAAGAGUGAAAAGGGAAACGAAGGAUUUAGACUAACAGGUUGAUAUAGUAGAAAAUCAAAACGAAUGGACUAGAAAUAUUCAUGUGGAUGACUACAAGAACUGAUUUAUCGAUUAAUAUAGAUGUUCUAAAUUUUCAGGAUUGAUACUUUGGCGUUGUUGCUGCUGCAGUAUUGCUUUACACAACUGAGUAAAGUCAUAUUUGUCGAUGACUUUGUACGAGUAUCUUGUAUUCUUUUGCAUCGUUCUCGUUUGGGUAGCUUUAAUUUUGUAUCCUACAGUUUUGGUGCUCUGAUGAUGCUCCUCAUUGUUAUAGUACUUUGUGUACAUCUUUGUUUCCUUUUUUGUAGUGACACUUGAAAUUUUCUUAUGAACAUAAGAGGUAUUUGUAUUUAGAUACAUCCUAGAUUGAACAUCAUCUUUCGUUGAGUUAAAAGUGAACCGACCUGAAAACGUGUAGUCCGAAAUCAUUCGAAUUUAACUACGUCUUCUUGUUAACUAAGUACACACUCGAGUGAAGCUAAAUCAUGCGUGAACCAUGAUUCAUAUGUCAUAAAAAUCGCCAAGUGUGCCGAGUUGAUUAA